CUGCUCUUUCUGCGGCUUCAAAUCAUUCCCGCAGUGGAUGGCCACGCGAUCGGUUCGUUUCGUCUUGGUAAUUCGUAUCAGAGAUCAGAGUAUCGGUUUUCCGGAGAUCCAGUGUUUGAGUGAGAGUGCCAUGAAGCCUUAGAAACUAAGGAAAUCCUACAGUUAAAUACAGAAAACCACAAAAACCGUUUAAAUAAAUCGCUAAAAAUGAGUCAAAGGGGUGGCAACGGUCACACGAACAGUGGCUUCAAUGGCGGUUCCGAGGUGUCCUUGGACAUACCCACCAAUACCCUGUACCACACUUCGAGGGACUGUAUAGUUCAGGAGGAGCAGGGUCCCAAUGAGAGCUGCCUGGAGGGAACUCAGAGCUGCUGCUCGAAUCUGUGGUCCAAUAUCUUCAGGAAGAAAACCCUGUACAAGCGAUUUCCCAUCUUAGUCUGGCUGCCCCAGUACAAGAAGGAUUAUAUAUUCGGUGAUAUAGUGGCGGGCAUAUCCGUGGCCCUGACUGUGAUUCCCCAGGCCUUGGCCUACGCUGGAAUAGCAGGACUGGAUCUUCAAUAUGGCCUUUAUGCCUGCUUCCUGGGCUGCUUUAUAUACAUCUUCAUUGGAUCCAGUAAGGAUGUGCCCAUUGGACCCACGGCCAUAUCAGCUCUGUUGUCCUUUCAAAUCGCCGGAGGCAGUUGGCAAGUGGCCACGUUGCUGACCUUUCUCACAGGACUCAUCGAGAUCCUGAUGGGUGUCUUCCGACUGGGAUUCCUCAUCGACUUCGUUUCGGGACCUGUGGGAGCGGGUUUCACCAGUGCCGUAUCCCUGAUCAUCUUUAGCUCCCAGAUGAAGGACUUUUUGGGCAUCAAAACCAGUGGCAAUACCUUCCUGCAAGUCUGGAUUAGCAUUGUGAAUGAUAUACACAACAUAAGCUGGCCGGACUUCAUCCUGGGACUCAUCUGUAUUACUCUUUUGCUGAGUCUUAGAGCCCUGGCCAGUUGUACUUUGGGUCCCAAAGAGGGAAAGACCACCACCCAAAAACUGCUGACUGGAAUUUUCUGGACCAUUGGAACUGCCAGAAACGCUCUGUUGGUUUGUGGAACCGCAGGACUUGGCUACUGGUUGUUCGUCAAUGGAAAGGAGAACCUCGUGAGGACCGUGGGCUUUGUGCCCAAGGGAUUGCCCUCCUUCCAGCCACCUCCCUUCCACAUGGAUGCUGUUAUCAACGAAACCACUGGAGAGGUCCUUCAGGAGGCCCAGAGCUUCUGGGAUAUGGUCAGUACCCUGGGAUCCGGAUUAAUUGUGGUUCCCCUUAUCGCUCUUCUGGAAACAAUGGCCGUUGUUCAAGCUUUCGCUGAUGGCAAGCCCACAGACGCCACUCAGGAGUUAAUAGCCUCUGGGGUUUGCAACGUGGCCAACUCAUUUGUCCAGGGUCUUCGGAGCAACGGAGGAAUCGCCCGCGGAGCCAUCCUCAACGCCAGUGGAGUGAGGACCCAGCUGUCCAAUCUCUACACCGGUGUGAUCGUGAUCAUCGCCCUGCUCUAUCUUACGCCCUGCUUUUAUUACAUUCCUAAGGCGGCACUGGCCUCCAUUAUUAUUGCGGCGGUGAUCUUCAUGGUCCAGUACCGAGUGAUCAAGCCCAUGUGGCACAGUAAAAAAACCGAUCUCAUACCCGGUUUGGGAGCCUUUUUCGCCUGUUUGGUUCUGCCUCUGCAGCUGGGCAUCCUCGUGGGCAUCGGCAUAAACGUGGUCUUCAUUCUCUAUCAGGCGGCCAGGCCAAAGCUGCGCAUCGAAACACUGGCGACUACUACCGGCCUGAAGUACCUGAUGCUCACCCCCGACCGCUGCCUGAUCUUCCCCUCGAUGGAGUUCGUGCGCAAGGUGAUCAACAAGCAGGGCCAGAAGUCCACUCUGCCAGUGGUCAUCGACUGCACGCACAUCUAUGGAGCGGACUUCACGGCCGCCAAGGUGAUAUCCACCAUGGUGAUGGACUUUAAGCUGAGGGAGCAGCCGCUGUUCUUCUACAACCUGCAGCCGCGGGUGGCGCAGGUGUUCGAGGGGCUCAACAAGGACCUGGUGGUCAUAUACGACAUCACCACGCUGCACGCCAAGCUGGCCGAGAAGUCCCCUCCGGCGUGAGGAGGGAUCCAAAGAAGUCCGAGGGAGAUCAACGCUGCAACCUCGUCACGCGAUAGUCUUAGUCCAAUCCCAGUCUAGGUCCCUGUGUUAGCCUAGUCUCUGUCUUAGCACUAGUACUAGCCUAGUCUUGCCCGCCGAGGCCAGCGACUAAGACUAAAUGUGGACUGCCCACGCUCAUCGCCUAAGUUGAAGGUACCACCAUUACCAUUCCAUGUGGCUAGCUCACCUUAAUUAGCAUUUAAGUUGCGGCAACAUUUCACUUUCCGCAGAUGUCUGCACAAUAUUUAUAUUUAUUCGGCCUCUGGCGAGUCGCUGUGAAUUUCGCUGAGCGAAACAUCCCGAGCCAGAGUUCCUCCCACCCGCGAUUUUGCCGCUGGUAUUAUAGUAUUAUUUGCGAAUAGCGAACGAAGAGUGUUAGCAUAAGUACUUAAAUAAAUCAAGUAAAUAUUAAAAAA